GGGGUGGGCGGCCUCCUAAAGGAGGCGGGGUUUGCAGUCUAGGUGCCAGGUGGGUCUCCUGAGAUUCCGCGUGAUUCCAGGGGAUCAAGUCCUCUGAGGCCACGGAUAGCUCUUAGGCGGUUAUGGAGAAUGGAGGCCCCGGGUAACCCUGGCGCCCGGGGACGAAAGGAUGUUCGCAAUAUUUGGGUCCUAUUUGAAAGGUGCGAGGUAGAGUUUGCAGCCUGAAGGAGGAAUGCAGAAAGGAAAGGAGAAAAAAGGCUUUUCUAAAUUCUCCCCUGUUUUCUGGGUAAGCAGAAAAGAUCCGGAGGGGUGGAAGCCCAGCCCUUUGUCAGGGUAAUCGACCGAAAGCUUCAAUUCGCCGGGCCCCGGGAACCUUGUUACUCUUCUCCCGCUUGUACUUCGGCCGGAACCCUAGUGCCCUAAGGCCGAGUUCGACGCCGGGCUAGAAAACCAGAUGGACCCGCACGAGAAAAGCGGAGUACCCGGUCGGGAAAAGCGGGGACGCGGGUGGAAGGCGCUGUCGGGCACCGGCGGGGAGACCAGCGGACGCCGGCGGGGUGUGGGGAGCAACAGCCCUAGCAGGUGGAAUUGGCCCGUUUGCUGAAGUUUCUUUCCCUCAUAGCCCAGGGAGAAAUUUACAUCUGGACUUUAUCUUACCAUGGCUUUGGUUCUCAGGUUUCUGAAUGGCGCUUAUAUUUUCAGACAUUGCCCAAAGCCAUAUGCCUCAUGCCCAUAUUUGGGUACCCGCUUUGCAGACUAUUGUUCUAGUAGUCUUCAGAAACCUGUGGCUGCUUCUGGUAGAACCUCCUCUCAGAGGAAAUCUGAAGGGGAUUUGCAAGGACAUCACCAGAGAGAAGUUGCUUUGGAUAUAGCAUCUCCUGAAGAAAAGCCUGAAGUUAGUUUUGAUAAAGCAAUUAAAGAUGAAAUAAAGGACAAUUUUAGGCGUUUGAAGGAUGAUAUUGUGAAUCAUUGGAUAGGCCCUGAAGGCCGCCCUCUGCAUGAGGUCUUGAUGGAACAAGCCAAGGUUGUCUGGCAGUUCCGUGGAAAAGAAGAUUUGGAUAAGUGGGUAGUGACUUCUGAUAAGUCUAUUGGAGGCAGAAGUGAAGUGUUCCUGAAAAUGGGCAAGAAUAAUCAGAGUGCACUGCUGUAUGGAACUUUGAGCUCUGAGGUGCCUAAGGAUGGGGAAAGUGGCCGCAGUGGGUACUGUGCAAUGAUAUCCAGGAUUCCAAGGGGCCCUUUUGAGAAAAAGAGGGCUUAUGAUUGGUCCCAGUUCAACACUCUGUAUCUCCGUGUGCGUGGAGAUGGUCGGCCUUGGAUGGUGAAUAUCCGAGAGGACACGGAUAUAAUCCAGAGGAAGAAUCAGAUGUACAGUUACUUCAUGUUCACCCGUGGGGGGCCCUACUGGCAGGAGGUCAAGAUUCCUUUCUCCAAAUUUUUCUUCUCUAAUCAAGGAAGAAUUCGGGACGCCCAGUACCAGCUUCUGCUUGACAAGAUCUCUUCUAUUGGAUUCACCUUGGCUGAUAAAGUGGAUGGUCCAUUCUUCCUGGAAAUAGAUUUUAUUGGAGUGUUUACAGAUCCAGCCCACACAGAAGAGUUCGCCUAUGAAAAUUCUCCAGAGCUUAACCCAAGACUUUUUAAAUAGAGAUGGUAAUUUUGUAAUACCAGACUAAGAGUAGCAGUAUCCAUGAUGACCAAGACAAAUAAAGUAUUUAAUGGCUUUCAUCCAACAGCUGGUAUGUAUUCCCUGAGCCAAAGGUAAAUGCUGUUGCCAAGAGGGGCCACAUAGGGAGACACAGCAUGAAACUAGAUUCUAAGCUAUAACUUGAUGCAAGUCCUGAUGUGGAGGUACUAUGUAAAGAACUUAACUGUUUUGGGUUAAAAUGAUUUGUUAGGAACAAUUCCUACACACAUACGCAUUGCCAAAGCAAGCAGACUGUUGAUGUCCGUUCUCCUACUCUGUUCCUUGUAGGUUCUUGUGUUUUCUAAUCCAUUGUUGGAGGAAAGGAGAUUGCUAAACAAUUCCGUGAUUUUUAGUAUAUUCACAGACUUGUCGACUUUUAUCACAAGCUAAUUUUAGAAAAUUCCUAUCUGCCCUAGAAGUAACGUUAAUACCCCUUCGGCAGGCACUCUUAAUUCCCACCCCCUGCCCCAGGUGUCUGCUGAUCUGCUUUCCCAUAGGUUCAGCUUACCUGGAUAUGUCCCACAAAGACAAUCAUGUAAUAUGUAAUCUUUUAUGGCUGGCUUCUUUUCACUUAGCAUAGUGUUUGUGAUUCAUCCAUGUUGUAAUAUUUUAUUAGGACUUUAUUUCCUUUUAAGUGCAUCAUUUUUAAUCUAUUAAUGGACAACUGGAUUUUCUUUACUUUUUGGCUACAAUGAAUACUACUACUGUAAAUAUCGGCCUGUAAGUUCUUGUGUGGACAUGUGCUUCUUUUUCUUGAGUAUAUACUUAGGAAUAGAAGAUCAUGUGCCUCUUGUGCUUCAGUGUUACACAUGCCAAUGAUGGGUAAUGUGGUAGAUAUAUAUAUA